CAAAAACCGCAAAAACUUCACCACAUUCUUCUGCAAAAGGGCAUACAACAUCGCAAAGAUACAAAUAUGUCAACCCCUACACCCACUAAUCCCCGGAGAUCUCCCAGAAAAAGGAAUGUUGCACCUACAUCAACACCUACAACCACGUCUGAUCCUACACUACUACAAAUUGCCAGAGAGGAUGCCGGUGAUGCCCCCAAACAGCCUGCUGCCAAAAAACAAAAGAAAACCCAUGCCAGUGCAGCUGCUGAACCUGCCAAAGCCCCAAAGAGCAUAAGAAGUAAUGAAAAACAGAAGAGGAGAAAACCAAGAAACAAUGAUUAUUUAUCUGUACGGACCUCCCCAAAGCAGCUCUGUGCACUCGUCAGUAGUCUGAGCCCAGAACAGCACCAAGCUGUUCGAGAUAUGGGAUUUGGAUCCCUUUUAAAUGCAACACUGUCCUUGUGUGAUUGUGAACUUCUGAGAUACCUUCUUGAGCGCUUUGAUGUUGGUAGAUGCUCAAUACAUCUGGAAGAGGAGGAGCUCCUUCUAGGAGAUGAUGAUGUACAGAAAACACUUGGCAUCCCCAGAGGCCAACAGACUGUUGUGGAGGCUGAAAUAACAAGCAAGGACCCACAGUUCACUGGCUUGGUUGAACUUUGGAGACAGCGGUGGGGAGUGAAGACAGGCACACCAACUACAAGCCAGAUGCUGAAUGGCAUUAUUGAGAGGCGUGAUCAUGGAGACAUGUUCAAACGUGACUUCAUAAUCUAUGUUGUUUCCACAUUGAUAAGAGGCUUCAAGAACAUGUUCUGCAACUACAGGCUCCUGUAUUCACUGCAAGAUGUCAGCAAGAUCCAAGACUUCAACUGGUGUGCUUACACGAUACGAUCUCUUGUUGACACCACCACAACAUGGAGGGGCAAACGUGAUGCAGCCUUCACUGGUCCUGCAACUUUCCUGAUGGUUAGAGGAGAAAUAGUCAGAAAGAGAAUUCCCACCAUCACUUCAUGGACUUCAAGUGAUUGA